CUCUUCAGGCACUCUCUGCCAUCAUGAGUCUUCCAAUGCAGUUAUGUUUUUUGUUUCUCAUUUUCCUUUUUUGUAAAGUGGAUGGAAAUGUGAAACUUCAACAGAAAACUGCAAUGAUCAAAUCUGUGGACAAGACAGUUGUUAUAGACUGUAUUUUUCCAUCAGCCUGCAAUGGCUACAUUCACUGGUAUCAACUAAAAGAGAACCAGAUCUUAAGAAGAAUAUUAUAUUCAUCAAUUUCAAGUGGAGCCACAAGCAAUGAUGCUGGUUUUGAAUCAUUUAAAGUUGAUAAGAAACAGUCAAAUUUGGCUCUGAAAAUACCUGAACUGAAAGAAGAGCACUCAGCGGUGUAUUACUGUGCCUGCUGGAUCUCGGGUGACAAGAAAGUCUUCGGUCCGGGUACUCGACUUUAUGUUACAGGAGAUAAGUUUGAGUCACCAAAAGUGUCUGGAUACCUACCGUACCGUAACGAAGAUGCCAAUCAGACAAUGUUAUGCAACGCAAGAGACAUGUUUCCUGACUUGGUAAAAUUCACAUGGGAAAAAAAGAAUGAAACAGUAGAUUGGACGAACGUGGAGGAUAAAUAUGUUGUGGAACAGAGUUACAAAGCUGAUGAAAAAGAUAAAAAGGUUAAAGUUAAAGCAGUGUCAAGUAUGAUGAUUAUAGAUAAAAACACAGCCAAAAGCAACGAGUUCCGAUGCACUGUUACCCAUGAGGGAAACACUGAGAAACCCCAAAUUAUUUUAAUGAAGAAAGUAAGCACGUUGAAAAAGAAACCUACAGAUAAUGAAAAGCCAACUUGUCCACCCACUGAUGAGACCAUAAUAAAUAAAAAAUCAGGAGAUUCGGAGCAAAUACGCAGUCUGUACAUGUUUGUCUAUGCAUAUGGUGUCAUGAUCAUGAAGAACGGAAUGUAUUUUUGUGUUGUGUUUAUCUUUCUAUUAAAGAGAAAAGCUGCAAGAAAGAAAGAUGAAAGCUCUUAGAGAUUUAAGAUAAAUAUCAAGUAAGCAAAGGUUUAUUAGCACAUUUCGCUGACUAAAGAACAUAUCUACAGCUAUAUUAUCUCUGCUUGAUCAUAUUGCUUUUAAAUUUGUUGUAGAUCUGCUUUGCACAAUUUAUUUUUACAUCUUUGAAAUGCAAUAUUUCAAUUUUUUUAAAUGUGUAAUGUACCCAAAUUUAAAAAUGUUAUUUGUAUUCACUUUGUAUUCUGUUUUUUAUUCUUUUGGUAUUCUCAGAAUAAAAUCUGCGCCUAAAAUAAAUGAAA